ACGUCACUAGAGGUACGCCAUAUCUCUAUCUCUACGUUAGUUUUUUGAUCGCCUCUAUAUAAAGAUGGACUUAACCAGCAAAGUGAUUGUCAUCACAGGUGCAGCUAGAGGUAUAGGUAGAGCUUUAGCGACAGGUUUACUGGAGAAAGGAGCGAAGGUUUGUUUAUCAGACGUCAGGGAAGACUUAGGAAAUAAAACUGAGAAUAGUCUGGCCACAACUUACGGUCAUGAUAAUGUUUUAUUCGUGACAUGUGACGUCAGGAGUGAGGACCAGUAUAAACAUGUGUUUCAAGUAGCCAAGGACAAAUUUAAACAUGUCGAUAUCGUUAUUAACAAUGCCGGCGUAUGCGACGAAGAAAACUGGGAAAAAACUGUUGACGUGAACCUGAAAGGAUGCAUCCGGGGAACAAAACUUGCUGCUGAUGUUUUAAGGAAGGACCGUGGAGGCAAUGGUGGCAUGGUGGUCAACAUGUGCUCAAUAUUCGGUUACCAGCCAAGCUACCUUCUGCCGGUAUAUUCCGCCACGAAGUAUGGAGUGUUUGGAAUUACUAAAUCAUUUGCGGCUAUUGCAGAGAUGAAGGAAAAUGGAGUAAAGUUUACAUGUCUCUGUCCCGGGGCUGUCGAUACGGACAUGAUAACUGAUGAAAUCCAACAGUAUAGGAAACAAAUACUCAACACCGACAGCCUGAUGAGUACUGACGUCAUGGUGCAGGCCCUGUUCAAGCUUUUAAAAGACAAUGAUAAUGGCGGCGCUCUUGUUGUUAACGAGCUCAAUCAGGAUAAACAUAUGAAAUAUGUUUAAAGAAAUAUUUACGAGAUUUGAAUAAGGAAAGGAAACUUUAUCUUUCUGUAAUUCAACAAGUAUCUGGUAUACGUUGCAGCAUAGAAAUUAUAUUUUCUUCAAAAAAAGAAAUAAGCUGUUAUCAGAAUAAUCAGAAUACGUACAUAAUAAAUUGUUAGUAUCUUCAUUUUUGUUGCGUAAUAAAGUUUAUAUACUUCAAAGAAAA